AUGCACUCAACAGGCAUUGGUUAUUCAGCACAGGUCGGGCCCUGGGUCCUGGGUGAGCCUGUACUGCCACUCUCCCCCAAAACCACUGCGAAAGUCCUGCCUCCCCGUCCUCGGGGCACAAUUAAUCACACUGACUUGUUCUGUUAUUUAGUGAGAAGUGAGUUUGACAUAUACAAGAUCUGCGGUUACGGGACGGCCCGCUGCCGGAGCAGGUGUAAAGCUGAGGAAUUCCAAAUCGGAGCGUGCCCCGAUGCCUACCCAUGCUGUUUGAAAAAGCCAACCCUCUGA